CACUAAUCCGGGAUUAUCGAUAAAAUAAGAAGUUUUUAUGACUGUUGGUAGCCCAAAUUAAAAAAAAAAUCCACUUCCCGACUUACCGCGAAAAAAUGAACAUUAUGCAAUUUCUAAUAAUUGCGGCAAUUGCUGUGACGUGUGCAGCAACCCCCGACCUAAAACCACAUUUCCUAGAGGUUUUGGAAAGGAACGCGGAUAACCGUAUAGUCGGUGGUUAUCCCACAGAUAUUUUACUCUUUCCAUACCAAGUUUCUUUGCAAUACUUCCAUAGGCACGUAUGUGGUGGCUCAAUCAUCUCUGAUCGAUGGGUCGUAAGUGCUGCCCAUUGCACCCAACUUGUCCAUCAAAUACCACCUUUACCAGCCUUCUCUGUACGACUAGGCACCAGUUUCGUCCAAUCCGAGGGUCUCGUUUAUGGGGUAGCAGCCAUCUUCGACCAUCCAGGUUAUGGUAAUACCGAUAAUCGUUUCGACUAUGACAUCACGUUGAUCCGAUUAGCAAGUGCUCUCGUAUUCAGGCCCAAUAUCCAACCCAUCUCUUUGCCCGCAUUGAAUCACGUUUUAGUUCCUGGAACGUCUGCUGUUGUAACUGGAUGGGGUGCACUCUGGCAAGGCGGUUCGGCCCCGUCCAGACUUCAUGCGGUUGAAGUGCCUAUUUUAAGUAACGAAAGCUGCGCGGAAUAUUAUGAUGGUGCAUGGGACCAAAUAACGUACUCAAUGUUAUGCGCCGGCCUGAUAAACGGAGGAAGAGAUGCUUGCCAAGGGGACUCCGGAGGACCAUUGGCCAUAAAUGGUACUUUAAUCGGAGUAGUUUCUUGGGGCUAUGGAUGCGCCCAACCAAGCUAUCCAGGAGUGUACGCCAACGUUCCAGCGGUCAGACAGUGGAUUGCCAACGUAACUUCUUUAUAAAACGCGCGAAUAAAAACACAAAAAAUUAAAUAAAAAUAAUUGUUAUCUAUAUUAAAUAAAACAUACAAUAAAAUUAGUUACACAUAAA